AGAUAUAAUACAAUACAAACAAACAUGCUAGUACCAUCAAGAUUGAUCAAUGUUGGACUUAGACAGGUGUUGAACAACAGUAGCAAGAAUGUUGCUGCUGCCACUACUACUCUGUUCACAUCACCAAGUGCCAACAACAUCAAUAUCAACAACAAUGUAAACGACAAGCGUACAUUCUUCACAGUGCUCAAUCAAUAUGAAGCUGGUGUCACAUUCACAUUGGGUCGUAUGACAUCAGUGAAGAAGGCUGGCAUUCGUAUGCUCAUUCCAUUCCUGCAAGAGAUGGAGGUGGUCGAUCUGAGAACAGUGUCAAUCAGUCUCGAGAAGCAAGAGAUCAUCACCAGAGACAAUAUAUCGGUAAUCGCCGAUGCCAUCGUCUACUAUCGUGUCAUUGAUCCAGAGAAGGCAAUCGUCAAAGUGACCAACCAUGAUAAGACGAUUCAAGAGUUGUCACAGAUUAAGAUUAGAGAGACACUGUCACAGAAUACAUUGGACGAGGUGUUGCACAACAGAGAGAAGUUUGGUCAUGAGAUCAAUGAGAGUGUUAGAGAGAUUGCUGCAGAGUGGGGACUGUUGGUCGAGCGAAUCAACCUCAAGGAUAUCAAGUUUGAGGAGGGCAUGAGUCGUGCCAUGGCCAAGAAGGCCGAGGCUGAACGUCUACGUGAGGCCAAGAUCAUCUAUGCUCAAUCAGAGGUUCAAACUGCACAUCAAAUUCUUGAGGCAGCCAAGACAUUAGAGUCAUCACCACUGGCCAUCAGACUUAGAGAGUUGGACACAUUGCAACAGAUUGCCAAGGAGCCAUCAAAAACAUUAGUAUUCGUACCAUCCAACCUAUUCCAGAAUGUUCCAGGCUUGACAUCUUUCGUCAACUCGAUGGACAACAAUACACAACAGAUCGACAGCAAGACCAAGUCC